AUCCCGAGAAGGUUUGCAACAUGGUUGAGAUAUAGGAUAAAGCGACGUAAUGUUGAAAGACAGCGGCCAUCGACGGCGGGGAAAGGUAGCGGAGGUUGUUGCUUUGGACUUCGUGAAGUUGAAAAAGAUCUCGUCGGCGACGAGGUCAACCGACGGAAGGAGGGAAAGAUUCUCGCCGGGAGAAACCGGCGGAGGGAGAGAGAUUUGAGAUCCGCAAGGAUAGAGUCUCCGGCCACCAAAUCCGGUGUUUCAAAGAAAACACGGUGGUCGGGAAAGUACAUACUAAAGAUGAGAUUCCAACAACAAAACAAAGGAGAGGAAUGAACAGUCCGACGCCGGCGAGCAAUGCUCGCCGGCGUCGGGAAGGGCAAAAGUGAGACUUGUCUCGAAAAUAAGAAUUUGUUGGUCCAGUUUUCACUAACAUAAUAUUCAAAGUUAAGAAUUUGUUGAUGAUAUAUGUGGUCAACUUUGAAAAACAUCACUUGUGAAAUUCAUAUAGUAAACUAACCUAUAGUAGUUGAUUUUUAAUAGAUUUUUCUAUCAGUUCGAAAAACGUCAUGUAGUACGUGCUUUUCUAGAUUUUGAACAAGAAGAAAUGGUCAUGUCUUUUUCAUUAGCCGGUCAAGUCUCUUCGGGAACAUCCGAUAAAAAAAAAAAAUUACACGCGUUGACUUUUCAAUACAAAAAUGGCAGGCAGUAAAUCUGGCGAAAUGUAAUAAUGUAAUUAAUAAUCUUUCAACAAAGACAAAUCUUUUGAUCUGACUUCUUCUUCUCUCCGAAUCUCCUCUCCGUCUCUCUUCUCGUUUCUUCAGGCUAUGGGGAUCUCCUUCAGCAAGCGUCGACGAGACAACAACCACCACCACCGUCCCCACCACAAUCCGCCGUACUAUCACUCCGAUCCUCCACCACAACAGCCGCCGCCUCAAAACGAGUACAGCUACUCUCACAACCACCUCGUUUCAACUCCACAGCUCUCUCUUCCUCCACCACCACCACCACCGUCGUCUUCUCAGCCUCCGCCGUCGCAGAUUAGUUACCUACCGUACGGUCAAAACUACCAUCAAAACCAAUACUACCCGCAACAAGCUCCUCCGUAUUUCACCGGUUAUCAUCACAAUGGGUUUAAUCCGAUGAUGAGACCGGUUUUCUUCGGUCCGCCUCAAGUUCCGGUUAUGCAACCGCCUGCACCUUACGUGGAGCAUCAGAGCGCCAAGAAGGUGAAGAACGAUGUCAAUGUGCAUAAAGCUACGGUGAGGCUCGAAGCAGACGAUCUUAACCCUGGUCAUCAUCUUGUUUCCUUCGUCUUCGAUGCCUUAUUCGACGGCAGUUUCACUAUCAUAUUUUUUGCAAAGGAGGAAUCAAACUGCACAAUCGUCCCGGAUUUACCAGAAGCUUUCCCACCGAUUAAAGUCCCUUUCAAGAAAGGUACCGCGCAGAAGUUUCUACAAGCUCCAGGGACAGGAACCGACCUAGGCUUCUUUUCACUGGAUGAUCUGUCGAAACCAUCACCAGAAGAGGUGUACCCACUUGUAAUAUCAGCCGAGACAGUAAUCUCACCAAGCUCGGUUUCAGAGGAACCAUUUGUUCAUAAGCAAAUUACUCAAGCGUGUUUGGAGAAGACUAAUGAUGGAUCUUUCAAAGUGAAAGUCAUGAAACAGAUCCUAUGGAUUGAAGGAGAUCGAUAUGAACUACAUGAGUUGUAUGGAAUCGAUAAUUCAACCACACAAGGUAAUGCUGCGUUGGGCUUAGAGGAUACCGGUGACAAAGAAUGUGUCAUAUGCUUGACUGAACCUAAGAACACAGCCGUCAUGCCUUGUAGACAUUUGUGUUUGUGCAGUGACUGCGCAAAAGAACUGAGGUUUCAGUCAAACAAAUGUCCCAUUUGUAGACAACCUAUCGCUGAGCUUUUAGAGAUAAAAGUGGAAAGUAGUGAUGAACAACACUGAAAAAGAGGUUUCUUCCCUUCACUUAAACACCAUGUUUGAUUCUUUUUCUUCUUCUUUUUUUUUUUUUUGGAAACCUGUCAAAACGAAUUCUUUUGCUCUUUUUUCUUAUACUAAAUGUGUUUUCUCAUGUCAUACUCUGCACAUAUUUGUUGGUCUUAGUCAGUAAUGUAUAUAGCUCUAAUGAGAAACUUUCUCUUUGUAUCUUUCUAGUUAAAACACUCAUCAAUCUCUUUGAUAUGUAAUUGAAUACUUUUUGGUUU